AUGUCCGCCGAAAAAAGACCUGCGCCUGAUGAUCCAGGUGCAGGCCAGUUGGUCGUGAAGAGACAGAAGCCAGGAACUAGCACUGCGCUCUCCCGUCGAGAUGGUUCCACGAGCGGCGCAUUGGUACAAUCAGCUGUCCGAACCAGCAAUCUGGAAGCUCCAUUGAUGGAACUUACUGGCCAUUCCGGAGAGAUCUUCUCUGCAAGGUUUAAUCCAACCGGUGACCUAGUUGCUUCAGGAUCGAUGGACAGAAAUAUUUUACUAUGGAAAUCAUCAGGCGCAUGCGAAAACUACGGAAUGUUAACCGGCCACCGAGGAGCGGUUUUAGAUCUGCAAUGGUCUCGCGAUUCCGAAAUAUUAUAUUCAGCCUCGGCUGACAUGCAUCUCGCGAGUUGGGAUUUGACUUCUGGGACUAGGAUACGACGAUAUAUCGGACACGAGGAAAUCAUCAAUACUAUGGACAUCAGCAAGCGCGGCGAGGAAUUUCUAAUUAGUGGAAGUGAUGAUGGUACUAUAGGUAUAUGGGAUCCUCGAUCGAAAAAUGCCGCCGAUUUUAUCGAGACAGAGUUCCCGAUUACGGCGGUGGCAGUAGCGGAGGCCGGCAAUGAAAUCUACUCUGGGGGGAUUGAUAACGACAUUAAGGUCUGGGAUAUGCGUAAGAAGGCUGUUGUUUAUUCAAUGUUGGGUCAUAAUGAUACGGUGACCAGCUUACGUGUCUCGCCGGACUCGCAAUCGUUACUGUCAUAUUCACACGACUCGACAGCAAAGACUUGGGACAUAAGACCAUUUGCACCAACCGAGCGACACAUUCGCACAUUCGACGGAGCACAGAUGGGAAUCGAGAAGAAUCUGAUCCGAGCUAGUUGGGAUCAGGCUGGCAAGAAGAUAGCCGUAGGAGCUGGUGAUGGGACUGUAAUUAUAUGGUCUAACGACAACGGCAAGCUUCUUUACAAACUACCAGGCCACAAGGGAACAGUCAACUGUGCUGAGUUCACUCCUAAUGAGGAGCCCGUCAUAUUAUCGGCAUCUUCCGAUCGUAGAAUGUUGAUUGGUGAACUCCGAUAA